AUGAAGUUCCAAGCCACUGCCCUCUGUUUCGCUACCAUGAUUCUCUCGGUUCAGGCCCAGUUCAUCCGGGGUAACCGCUUUCAAUGCGCCGCGGUGAAUAACAACGAUGGGAAAUAUGAGCCGUCGGGCUUUGUGACGUCGCGUUGGACGCAAGAUACUUGUAACGGCAUGGGGAUUAUUGAUCCAGGUAGCAAGCUGCUCGGCAACAGGAAGUGCUGCUCUACGACGGAUGACUUCGGCAAGUUUCAAUCCAAGUGCCUGGCGCAGAAGCUACCUGAUGGUUUUGGCAACAACAUUAUUCGUAGACCUCAGCCUUGUUAA